AUGGCUUCAUUUAACGGAGAAGGACCCUGGAGCACCUGCUCGGGUCAAGGUCUCGAUCAUUCUGUCCGGUUUCCCAACCACCUUUCAGCUGGUCCUGGCAGGAGACCUCGGAGGAAUCAAAAGAACGGAAAAGGUGGCUUCGGCCAAGGCUUCCCUGCGAACAACCAGUGUGGUAAUCCUGCUGCGAGUAAUUACACUCAGCUGCACACCCACCAGUCACAGGCGCCCGAACAUCCUAUCAGAAAACCCGAUGGAGCAGCAAAUCUUGACAACCGCUUCCCUCCUCGCAACAAUCGAAAUAGGAAAUUCAACAACAACGUGUUUAUCCCCAAGCCAAAGCAUCAAACCGGCCCUCGUGGCCCUCGAAACACCACUGUCCUCCGAGACGCAGACGGCGACGUUGUAAUGAAAGAUGGCCCCGGACUCUUUCCUCGGGUAGAUCCCGAUGGGGACGUUGAGAUGCUCGACGUAUUUACCUUGGAGACCCGUCACGCCUCCCUGAUCAGAGCACCGGCUAGACCAGCCGCUCGACAAACCCCCAAAAAUCGAAACAAAAGAAAUGGAAGGGUGGAUGCUGACGGCGACUCUGACAUGCGGGACGCUCCCCCUCUCCGCCAAGUGGGAAGUUUUCGGUGUCAACCCCACGGGGCGACCAUGCGACAAUUCCAGGUGAUCUCGAACCCACAUGUCUCGAACAACAUGUGGGAGGAUUAUGUGUAUUAA